UAUCUUCUAUUCUCAAAGGCGAUUUUCUCUCUCUCUCCGUGGUUCCUUGACGAAACGGCGGAACUCCCUGUCUCCGUGGCUCGUCGACGACACAGAAUCCUGUCUCUCCGUGGCUCGUCGAUGAAACGAAGAGUCUCUCUCUUUGUGGCUCCUCGAUGGACCGACGAUGAACCCCUCUAUCUUCGUGCCUCCUCGAGUUCGUCGCUGAUUGGAUUAUCUCCCUCUCCGUGAGUCUCCUCAACGGCGAAGGACCGCUCUCUCUCUGUUAAGAUACUUGAAUCGGAAGGUUCCUUUGAUCAAAAAAAAAAAAAAAUUUGUUUGUAGGUUCCAUUCGGUCUGGCGGUGGCUCUCGUCAACGGCGGCGACGGAGCUCUCUGUCAAUGGCUCUCCGCGCUCAGGGAUCAACUCGCGUUUGAUAUGUUCAGUGGAAAGAGAGCUGAAGAAGAUUCAUCAAUACAGAUGGAUGGAUCAAGAGAGAUGAGCAACAGUCAUUGGACAAAGGAAUACGCAGCAUCACGGAUUAGUCUUUCUCUCUUUCAUCUGCUCUGCUUGUUAAAAUAUUUUUGUGUGUUAAAAUAACUUGUGUUCUUGUUAUGAUUAUGUCUUGUUCUUGUGAUUUUUAGGAGCAUUGAGAGUGGAAGAAGCUUUCAAUUAUUGUAAGUUUGUGUCACGUACGUUCCUUCUGAAGACGAAGAAGCUUUACUUGUGUGUGUAGUCACGGACUUGUCCUUUGUGUCACGGACUUGUUAUUGUGUCACGUUCCUUCUAGUACUUGUGUUGUCUUCUCUAGUCUUGUCUUUUGCUUGUUUAGUACUCUAGUGUAUUCAGGGACCUUUUGUAACCUUGUAACCACCACAAUCUCUAUAUAAAACAAGUUCAUGUUCUCUCUUCUCACCAUACAAAACGAGCAACACAUUUAAUCAAACAAACUUCAUUUUCUAUCCUUCUCACCAUACAUUUUCCCUCUUCUCACCAUACAAAACAAGUUCAUGCUUUCAUGGGAAGAUUAUGAAACCUUAAAUUAGAGACUUGCAAUGGAGGACAUAAAAUCUCAAGGUAGUGUCAUUUUAGGUAGUGUCUAUUCUAGGUAUUGCGCCGCUCGGGUUUAGGUUAUGGAGCACAUAAUAGCCACAAGGGAGACAAACGAAUUGGUAGAGCUGGUGAUAGCAGCUCAAGAGAAGGGUUUGUCAGGGGAGCACGGAACAUGGCUUGAAUUUCUAAAAUUUUGCGACCCGACAAGGGAUUAUUUUAACGAUCCCCGUAACCGAAAAGCCGAGACCUUGAUCCAAUUCCUUACUUCAAUCAUCAAGACAGACGAUUCGAGGAAAUUGGCUUUGCUUAUGAAUCCCAGCCGUCCACUGGUUCGCCGCUACUCAUGCAAUCACCCGAAAGAGACAGCUGAGCAGAGACUAGUUAGAAAGACGCUUACACAUGAGGAGUACCCAUUCGACUUUUUGAUCCCGUACAAGUCCAAGGACUGGGUCCUUACGGGAAUCAUAGGGAGCCCCAUUGUUGAUCCUUUAAACGAUCUCGCAGCAGAAAUUUCCUACUCUUUCCGCUCAAGGAUGCCUUAUGCUAAAAGUAUUGCCAUAACCGACAUGAUUGCCCUUUGUUGCGAGAAGGUUCUCUGUCAAGACAACACUGAAGCUGCUGUAAGAGUUGCUGCCGUUGACCGCAAUCUCAAGGUGAUUCUUGAUGUGCUUGUCAAACCAAAUGAGCCAGUUAUUAACUUCCGGACUAGUAUUACCGGACUCGAUUGUUUUGCUCUUCAUCUAUCAAACGCUACUCCUUUGUCGGAUAUACAGGAAAAAUUGCUGGAAUUGUUUCCUACGGAAACUAUAAUGGUCGGUCACCUUCUGAACAAGGAUCUCAAAGCUUUAAAGAUGGAUCAUGCAAGAGUUAUCGAUACCUCGCUAUUGUUCAAGUAUGAUUUCUCUGCUGCUGCUGGUAUCGUCGGAAAGCUUCCACGGCCCUUUUAGAUCAUCUCUGCAAGCUUUAGCUGGAACACCAAGUACUGCUGCUCCAACCGCCCAACCAUCUUUAAGUACCUUAAAGUAACAAAACCAUCACAAGAAACUCUUCAGUGUCCACCUGAAGUCUAACAAAACAUCUAUCUUCAUCUAACAAACCAGAUGAUGACCAUUAACUUAACGCUUUUGCAUAAUAAACUGAAGAGUUUGUACCUCAUUGAUUGUAGCUUUAGCUGGAACACCAAGUACUGCUGCUCCAACCGCCCAACCAUCUUUAAGUACCUUAAAGUAACAAAACCAUCACAAGAAACUCUUCAGUGUCCACCAAUGGUCUGGCUGAGUCGUGGAUGCAAACAAGCUCAGUGUUCACAUCGAUUUCCUGUGAAAAAUUAAACAAAUGCUCUGUAAAAUCUCUCAACCAGAAGUAUAACUAAUUUAAUUAUUUUUAAUAGAUAAACUACCCAUAAAUUAAAAACGAGUUUCACUAAUUUGAUAAUCUAAAAUCACUUUAAAAAGAAAAAAAAAAAGCAAACAUAAUGCCAGGAAAUACAAUUACAUGCUUGCGACAUGUGAAUUCAUAAAAGCAAAGGCAAAGAAUUGUGCACAUCCAAGAAGGUUACGAAUGGAGCUGAAUGGUGCACGACCUAGAAGGUACACUGAGAUUUGACCACUCAAAAUUCACGGUACACAAGAAUAAUGGAACUAUACGUGAUUAAAUUUAUUUUUUUUUGUAUCAUCUGCCUCUAUAAAUGCACACACAGAGACACUACCAUUUUAUAAACCAACAACCUCUCAUUAUCUUCUUCACUCUCUUUUUUCAUAUCAUGGAUCCAGAUUAUCUGCACGAGAGAGUAACAGAGAUUUACGGCACAAAUAUCACUCUCCGAACGCAAAGCCCAUUUGGAUGCCGUGAUAUUUGCGAUCGGAGAGUGAUAUUUGUGCCGUAAAUCUCUGUUACUCUCUCGUGCAGAUAAUCUGGAUCCAUGAUAUGAAAAAGAGACUGAAGAAGAUAAUGAGAGGUUGUUGGUUUAUAAAAUGAUAGUGUCUCUAUGUGUGCAUUUAUAGAGGCAGGGGAAAGAAAAAAAUAAAUUUAAUCACGUAUAGUUCCAUUAUUCUGGUGUACCGUGAAUUUUGAGUGGUCAAGUCUCAGUGUACCUUUUAGGUCAUGCACCAUUCAGCUCCAUCAUUCGUAACUUUCUUGGAUGUGCACCAUUCUUUGCCUUUGCUUUUAUGAAUUCACAUGUCCCAAGCAUGUAAUUGUACUUCCUGGCAUUAUGUUUGCUUUUCUUUUUUUCUUUUUUAAAGUGAUUUUGGAUUAUCAAAUUAGUGAAACUCGUUUUUAAUUUAUAGGUAGUUUAUCUAUUAAAAAUAAUUAACCUAGUUAUAUUUUUGGUUGAGAGAUUUUACAGAGCAUUUGGUUGUGGUCUUCUUAUAAAAUAUGAAGAAUCAAUUGAUGUUAAUCUUAAUUUCGCUCUUCCUAGCAAAUAAAGGCAAGACUCUGUUCACAGUGGACUUCAGAAGGUUUAGAGGUAACAGAUGAUGUUUCGAUUGUUGAUGUCACUCAAGGAUCUUACACAAACAUCAAGGUUACAACACCUUACGAUUUACUGCUUGCUGAGAGAAUCUUUGUGCAUGGACUUAUGAGGUAUCAUUACAAAUUUAGGAAAAAUAUAUAAAUAGACACAUUAUCAAUUCACAAACCAGUAGAAUAAAUUAGUCAUGUUUUCUGAAUAUUGUUCUAUACUUGGAUGUCUACAGUGAGAAAUUGUGAAAUUUAUUUCAGUAAUAAUAACAACUGGUCGGGCGGGUAUUUAUUUUA